AUGGUAGAGGAACGAUCGAGGCACUUGCUUGGUGGAAGUGGGUCGGUGCGACGGGAGGCAGAUGAAGACUCGAUUGGGCGUGGAGAACCCGACCAUGCAAGCCGAAGCCGAUCCGGUCCGGGGACCCCAAGCGAUGACCGACCCUGCGUCUCGCACAUCGCCUCACGAGAAUACUUUGGGGCUAGCUACGAAGGCGUUGGCUCAAGCUAUACCAACCUCCAGUCACUCGGUCCAUCGGCCAUACGCACUGAACUGGAAGAUCUUCUGAAAGAGUUGCUACCCGAAACUUUGGCCGGCCCUGUGUCGCUGAUUGGUCUGCCAAAGAAGAUUGGCGAAGGAGGGCAAUUUUAUGUCUACCAACAAGAAGUAGCCUUUCUCGAUCGGAACAUCUGCAACGGCUCGAUCGUGGCUGUCAAACGGCCGAUUAUCAAGAAGAGUGAUCAAACUCCUGAUGCACCCAUCGACCUGGCUGAUCCAAAAGUGCAGGAAAGCCUGGGCCAUAUCCGUCAUGAGAUAAAGGCUUUGACACAUAAGAGCUUGCGACGCAAUCCAAACAUUGUCAGACUGUUGUCCUGGGCGUUUGGGGAGGAAUGGGAUCGCCCUUUUGUUCUUGUGCUUGAACUCGCAUACGAGGACCUAGCGAAUGCUUUGAAGAAGAAAGGUAAUGACGCUCCGUCUGACCUCUUGAAAAUGCGGUUUUGUAGCGACAUCGCGAACGGACUAGAGGCUAUCCACGCAGAAAAUAUUGUGCACGGCGAUUUGAAGCCUGCGAAUGUCUUGAUCUUUCGCGAAGAGUGGAGGUGCGUUGCGAAGUUAGCAGAUUUCGGCUUUUCCACCGAGGAGGAUAUCCAAGCUGCUGGUGGCACGACUGAGUGGCAACCGCCAGAAGCCAAAUCCUCCGCUCUAGGCGACUGUUUCACGUACGGUCUGCUCGUCUGGAGUGUGCUCUUUCUCUGCGGUGAGGCCCCUCCGAAUUAUCCAGAUAAGACAAGGAAGGAGCUCGCAGUAUCGCACCUAGAGACAUGCCGCCAUGGAUAUACUUCGCAAGUGACAGAGAUGAUCAAGGAUGCAUUGAAAGGCCUUCUUGAGGAGGAGACGUCUCAAAGGUCGCGUCGAGUGGAUCAAAUCUUCGAUUUUGCCACUGAACCAGUCUAUGAUGGCCAUCAGAAAUCAGCGGAGAAGAGCGAUGCCCAUGCUCUGUAUAACUUCAUCUUGAAACGCUACAAAUGGGAGAUUCGACCCCGAUCAGCAACGCUGCUGAACAGUCUGCAUCGUAAAUCCAUGAAAAGUCCAGAGACAAUGGAGUCAAUGGCUUCGGAAGAUGCACUGGUCAUAACUCUGCAAUAUACAUUGCAAGCCUCUGCUAAAGAUACAGAUGACCAGCACAUCGUCCGAAAGUUUCUCGAAAGUUCGGCGAGAAAAUAUCGACGCGUUACCGAUCAACAGAUUGACCAAAGCGCCAUUACUGAGGAACAAGUCUACCACAGCGUUGUCGCUUGUGCUCUUGCAUCAAGACUCUACAAGCUACUCGGUGAAUCCCUUAAUCAUGAGGAGGGUCUCCAAUGGCUAGAGAUGGCGAUGGACACUGGCUCCAUAUGCGCAAGAGCUGAUUUGCGUGAAAUGAGCCCCAAGCGAUUGGACAAGAUGCUAGACUCUUUUCGGAGUCGCGGCGGCUACAACAUGCUCUACUGGGAUAUGGCAUACCAUCCUGACGCACCUGUCCCGCUGGAGACUGAUGAAGUGCCUGAACAAAGUAGAUUGCAUGAGCUGGCUGCUUUCGGAAGUUGCAAGGAUCUGGGGAGAUAUAUCGAUGAGCGUCGGGGCUUGCUGGUAAAUAUACUGUCAUCAAGAGGAGAGACUGCAUUGUUCGUCGCAUGCGCCCGCGGCUCCUGGCAGCAUAUCGAGCUGCUGCUUGAUAGAGUUACGCCAUUGCGAGCGUUGAUCGAGGCUAUCAAACGCUUGGGCGGAGAUAUCGAGAGGUCGACAAGUAGCGCAGAAUCUGCAUUCCAAAAGGAACAGAGAUCUACCGACCUUGAUAAGUCCAGCUACACGCCGCUGAUGCUGGCCGUGUUGGAAGCGGACCACAGUCUGGUGCAAGCUCUGCUAGAAUGCGGUGCUAGCGUCCACACCGGAAACGCGUCGCAGACCACUGCACUGUUCCAUCUGUCACAUAGAGCGAAUGCAGAGCAACCCCAGCUGCUGCAGUGUCUCCGGACUCUUUUUGCCUAUGGCGCUGAUGUUCAUCAUUGCUCGUUGACGGGCAACACUCCUCUGCUUGCGGCAGCACAAGGCAUGGGCCCCGAGAUCUUCGACUAUUUCCUCUCUCAAGGCGCUCAUAUCGAUGAAAGGGAUAGAACACCCCGCACUGUUUCUCCGGGAAAGAGUGUAUUCGCCUUCUUCGCUUCGUUCCGUGAUGACAGUGACACGAUCAUGCUGGAUCUCCUCAGGAGAUACGUUUUCGAUUCGUCAGAGCCUGAGAAAAAGAGAAGGGUCAUACAAGACGGUUCCGAUAGUGGCAGCACUCUUCUUCACGAAUGUGCAAAGUUCGCUAUGUCCGGAGAAGCCGAUACUGAAUGGGCUGUACUCGAAAACAAGCGCGACUCAAUCAGUAAAUCAUUCGCGCGAGACAACCACAAGAGGGCUCAUAUGGAGUUCGACAACUGGUUGAUGACUGUCGAAGCACCCGGACCAGCAAGAGACGCGCAAGAUGAACCCCCCGAGGAUAAGGACCGUGGAGGAGAGGACUUUAUCAACGACGACAAACAAGAUAUAGCUGGUCCCAAGCGUCGAAGAUCUUACUCGCCUACUACCCAGCGGUCUGGAGAAUCAUCCGAUACAGCACCACAUGGACAGCAAGGCAUAUCGCUGUCUCUCAGGCCAUCGCCUAAACGAUCGCACAGCUCAUCAGCUUCGAUAUCACGCAAGCGGCUCAAAUUUUCCGAUUCAGUCGAGUUCCAUGAGAAUUACAGGACCAGUGAGCAGUAUCACCGACCGAGCGAAACGUACGCGCGAGGGAGAAAUGCGCCGCCUGAGGGUUCCGAGUACAUGGACACUAGUGGAUCGGGUCUGACCUUCCUGAAAUUCACCGGUAUGAAGAAAGUUGGCGUCAAAUGGGUUGAGCUGAGCGAGGAAGAGCUUGCAAAGCAGAGCGAAAAAGCAAAGACUUGGGCGCAGCUGCGGAAACUUGCAACUGCAGGGAAACCAAAAGCUGAUACACCGGAGGCCGAUGCAGAAGUAGAGGUGAGGCAUGAUGACGAUGCUCCUCAAGAUGCUCGUGCAGCAAGACUUGCGCGAAGAGCUAAGGGAACAAGCGCGGAAUCAGUGCAAGCUCGGGACACGACAAGUAGACGGGGCCGGGGCACCUUGCGAAAAGGGAAACAACCAUCGCUUGUCAGUGCAGUGGAUGAUGUCCCAGAGACUGCGUGUGACUCUACCCUCGUCUCGAAUACCACAACAACAACACAUGGAAAUGAUCAUCACUCGGACGGAGAUCUAGGUCGGGUGGAGAUCAUCGCAUCUGGAGACGACGGUCUGGAGCGAAGACAUGACGCUGUUCCCAGAACAGAAACCACAGCGGCACUGGGCGCCGAUCAAGUACGAGAGCCAGCCACACCCCACGAGGAGCCCCACAAGGAUAUGCAAGUGACUAGCGAGGCAAUGUGCCAGAGUAUUGCAGCUCAGCCAAACACCAGUAGUGUGGAGUCUCAACCAACAGUCGUAUCUGGAUACGACCAAUCGCAACUCGAGCCAAGGAAGAAUGCCUUGUGCACAGAUCAUGAUGCACCGGAAAUUGAGAUACCUGAGGCGUCGUCUGGGUCUCGGAUUCUGCGACCGACCUCAGGUAACCUUGAGGAUACCGGCAUCGCAAGUACGCGAGACCUAGACCUUCUCUCAGAUGCUCGCCCCAUUUCUGAGAAAGUUCCAGUGCGAAAGGAGGAUGCUGUGCGCGAAGACCCUGGAGUGUCAACUCAAAACACGCCUAUUGCUGCAGAGAAGGCUAUCGCGACAGGAACAUCUCUGCAACAGCCAUCCGCGGAGCGUGAAGACCUCGUCACGGAGCUGAACACGUCUACAUCAGCUGAUAACAAGCUCCAAGUGCAGGGUCACUCCAAUGUGGACAUUAUUAGCGCCACGAUACCGCAAGACCCUGAUCGCCCUCCUGCAGCCAGAAUGCCCACAGAAGAAGCGUAG